UACAAGCUAUUGCAAUCUUUGCGAAUUCCACAGCAUAUGAUUAUAGACCAUAUAAUAUAAAUUCAAACCAUUGCAACGCUUCUUUUUCUUUAUCUAACCCUAUCCUUUUCAAACAAUCAGCUAAAAUGAAGUUUGUUAUCGCCAUUACUUCAAUUGCUGCCGCACUUUCUUUAACUGCUUCUGUUGAAGCCGCUAAAUGUAACGCUGUUUACUAUCAAUGUGGUGGUGUUAACUGGACUGGUCCUACCUGUUGUGAAGCUGGUUCUACUUGUGUUUCAAACCCUGACAACAAGUAUUAUUCUCAAUGUCUUCCUGACUCUCAAGCUGGCAAUGGCUCUCAAAAGACCACCACCAAGGCUGCUGCUGCUACUAAGGCUGCUACUACUACUAAGGCUGCUACUACUACUAAGGCUGCUGCUACUACUAAGGCUGCUGCUACAACCACAAAGAAGCCUUCUACCACCGCCACUACCAAGAAAGCCAGUAGCACUUCUACCUCCGGUUAUUCCCUCAUUCCCAAUGGUUUCACUGGUACUGGUACUACUACUCGUUACUGGGACUGUUGUAAGGAAUCAUGCAGUUGGGAAGGCAAAGCUAAGGUUACUAGUCCUGUUGAUGUCUGUGCCAAAAAUGGUGUCAAGAUUUUAGGCUCCAACACCCAAAGUGGCUGCGGUGGCGGUGGCGACCUUGGUUCUGAUGGACCUGGUUACACCUGUAACAACAACCAACCUUGGGCUGUCAAUGACGAUUUGGCUUAUGGUUUUGCUGCUGCUACUCUUGCCAAGUCUACUGAAAAUGGUUGGUGCUGUGCCUGUAUGGAACUCACCUUUACCAACACUGCUGUCAAGGGUAAAAAGAUGGUUGUUCAAAUCACCAACACUGGUUCUGAUGGCGGACCUAAUGCCUUUGACUUGCAAUUCCCAGGAGGCGGUGUAGGUCUAUACAAUGGCUGUACUGCCCAAUGGGGUGCUCCUGCUGAUGGUUGGGGCAAGAAGUACGGUGGUGUUGACACUGUUGAACAAUGCUCUCAACUUCCUGCUGCUCUUCAACCCGGUUGUAAAUUUAGAUUUGGUUGGUUUAAGGGUGCUGAUAACCCAACUAUGACUUUCAAGCAAGUCACUUGUCCCAAGGAAAUUGUUCAACGUUCUGGUUGUGACAGAUUGUAAAUCGCAUAAAUAUAUUUAAUCAAGUUUACUUUUAUAUCAUGUAAAUCGUCAUUAGAAAGUAUAAUUGUUUGUAUAAAUAAACAUUGUAAAGUAAACCUCGGAGCCAAAUGUAAUUGCCUAAUUAAGACUCUCUAAC